CAGUACUCUGCAACCAAUGGUAGCACUGUGUGCCCUUACCAUACCUUGAUAUGAUCAUGUUCUAAACACAAACGUGGCGCUUGUCAAGUUCUUCCAAAGGAUUUCCGAAGGCCUCCGUUCGAAUUGGCAUAAAACUAUUCAUCAAACUACAAACGCCUAUAACUCCUCAGUAAAACGUUCGUAAAGACGUAUCCCUACAGGGUAAACGAGUGAGGAGAAAGUGAAGACAAACCCCCUCCAGUGCUGCAGGUCGAGUUAGAGGGCACUCAACAUGACUGAGAAGACGGCACUUCCCUGUGAUGAUGGCAGCUCCCAGUUAGGGUUGAGCCAGUCCCAGGUUCAGCUUGUUGACCUGGCAGGGCAGGUGGCCCCCACGUCUGCAGUAGAAGCAGACCGCCCGGCAUGGGACAGCAAGCUCCAGUACGUGCUGGCUCAGGUGGGGUUCAGUGUGGGGCUGGGGAAUGUGUGGAGGUUCCCCUACCUCUGCCAUCAGAAUGGAGGAGGGGCGUUCAUGUUGCUGUACAUCAUGAUGCUGCUGUUGGUGGGGGUUCCCCUCUUCUUCAUGGAGUUGGCGGCAGGCCAGUGUAUACGUCAGGGAAGCAUUGGGGUGUGGAAGCACAUCUCUCCUAACCUGGCUGGGAUUGGCUACUCCAGUUGUGUGGUCUGCUUCUUUGUGGCUCUCUACUAUAAUGUGAUCAUCGCAUGGAGCCUGUUUUAUUUGGGCAACUCCUUCCAGAAUCCCCUACCUUGGCAGCAGUGUCCAAUCGACAUGGCCACAAACACGACAGUGAAGGAAUGUGCAGGUACCUCCCCGACCUCCUACUUCUGGUUCCGGAAGGCUCUGGAUAUCACUGACUCUAUAGAAGCAUCGGGCACCAUAAACCCUAUCAUGACAGGCUGUCUACUAGCUGCUUGGACUAUUGUCUGCUUGGCCAUGAUCAAAGGAAUCAAGUCUUCUGCCAAGGUGAUGUAUUUCUCCUCAGUCUUCCCCUAUGUGGUGCUUUUUAUCUUCCUCAUAAGAGGCUUGAUGCUGGAUGGCGCAAUGGAUGGAGUCACUUUCAUGUUCUACCCUAAAUUGGAGAUUUGGGGGGAGGUCCAGGUGUGGAGGCAAGCUGCUACUCAGGUGUUCUUUGCCCUGGGAUUGGGUUACGGUUCAGUCAUUGCUUACUCCUCCUACAACCCCAUCCACAACAACUGCCACAGGGAUGCUCUCAUGGUCUCCUGCAUCAACUUCAUGACCUCUGUGCUCGCCUCACUGGUUGUGUUUGUUGUUCUGGGCUUUCGUGCCAAGAACAUUGCCCUGGAAUGCGUGGCCAAAAACCUUGGCAUCCUAACAGUCAAAGCUUCUUCUGAGGUGAAUCCUCAUUGGUGGCCCUGGUUCAAUAUGUCAGACCCCAGCUCCGUCAGCAUACCUGAGUACAGGGAGUGGUACCAUCACUAUGGCUCCCAGGUGGCACCUAACAUCACUGACUGUAACCUGGAAGAAGAAAUGAAUAAGGGAGUAGAAGGGACGGGGCUGGCGUUCAUAGCCUUCACUGAGGCCAUAGCCCUGUUCCCAGCCAGCCCACUGUGGUCCACGCUCUUCUUCCUCAUGCUGCUCAACCUGGGCCUCAGCACCAUGUUUGGGACCAUGCAGGGAAUCCUGACUCCCCUCAUGGAUAACUUCCUGCUGCUGGGCCGACACCGAACUCUGCUGACUGUGUGUAGCUGUGCUCUCGGUUUCCUGAUUGGCCUAUUGUUCACCCAGCAUUCAGGCAACUACUUUGUGGCAAUGUUUGAUGAUUAUUCAGCCACGCUCCCCCUGAUUAUUGUGGUGAUCUUUGAAACUAUAAGUGUGGCCUGGGUUUAUGGUGCAGAUCGCUUUUUAGAUGACAUUGAGAUUAUGCUGAAAUGGCGUCCCCCGGUGGUGUAUAAGUACCUGUGGAAGUAUGUGUGCUUGUUGGCCAUGGUGACUCUGCUGUGUGCCAGUCUGCUCCGCAUGGUCUGGAAGCGACCCACCUACACGGCAUGGAACCAUGAAACAGCCUCUGAGAGCAGUCUAGAGUACCCUGGCUGGGCCAUGGCUAUGAUAGCUCUGCUGAUACUGUUUGCUUCCCUGCCUGUGCCGGUCGGGAUCAUCCACUCUGUGCUUCAAAACCGUGGAACCCAGGGCCUGGCUGGGGAGGAGAGCAGCCAGGAGCUGCCUCAUGAGAGGUACACCAAGUGCAACUCCAGUGAGCUGUUGAACUCCCAGCUGUCCUCAGAGGAGGGGGCAGGUCGCCCUAGGGCCUCCUUCCUACCCCUGGGUCUGGACCACUACAGGCUGCUACCUCAACAGGAGGAGCUGGAGGAGGACCAACAGGAUACAGGGGUGUGAGCCAAGGAGAAAACAACUGAUGAUGCUGUUCCACUGCAUGGUACCGGCUCCAUGGUACCAGCUCGACUUGACUGGACUCGCUCCAUUGGUUUCCCCCUGCAGAUAGACCCCCCUCAGCUGGUGGUCAGUCUCUCUCGCUGGAUCUGUUAGUUGCUAACCACAGGAACCUCCACACCCCCUCAGUCGAUAACAGCGUUUUGUGUGUUGACAUUUAAUAGAGUCGUCCAGUGAAUAGAACAAUUAUGGUCACUAUUAUAUGCCACUAUAAUAGCAGCUGUGCAAAAAAAAAACGGAUUUAUGCAGGAUGUCCCGUGUCGCGAUUCUCUCUGACCAAUCAGUAGUCUGCUGUGUUUUCACGUCACCUUUGGGUAUUGCUUCAGCUCGCUUGGGACCUUGACGGAAGUGUUCCAAGAAAAGUGCCAAACCUGAGGUACCAAGUAUGCGCAGUGGAAAAACAAAAAAGAUGGGGAGAGCCGGUACCAUGCAGUGGAAAAGCACCAUGAGAGUAGGACGAGAUGCAAAUAAAUAUAUAUAUACAGUAAGUAUAGUGUAUGCACUGUGUUAAUCAUGUGUAUAAUUAAUAACAUAUACUUCUAUAUAUGUUUAGUUCCGCACAGUUGUCUGGUAUAAAACGAUAUAGUUUCACAACUGUAUUAAUUAUACACAUGAUUAACACAGUGCAUACACUAUUAUAUAUCUGUUACAUUUCAGACACUUACUGUCCAGAUGGUUUGGACAGUAAGUGCAGCAGGUAAUCAAGAACCAGAGGUGCACGGUUCUAACAAGGCUUUCAGUAGUUAAUGUCGUGGGACACUCGACAAUUAGUUUCUCCUCAAAACAGUGAAACUAUAAUAUAUAAUAAUAUAACAUUUAAUUUACAAUUAGAUAUAUAUCUAAUAGUGUAGUUUUUAGUGGGAAAUAGUCAUUUUGAUUAUCAUCAACAUGUUAAAAAGUUUAAAAGAAUUAGAAACUAUUCGAUAUUGGCCCCUAAAUAUCAUGAGGUAAACUGAAACUAACCCUAAAUAUCAUCUAGCUCCAGCGGGUGCAGCUGUUUACUAACCUUUUUAGGCCUUAUUUUUAUGUCUUAUUUUGUCCAUUAAGAUGAAUAUCUUGAACUUGUUCUGAGUACUUAUAUGUCAUGUUAUGCCAGGUUGCUUUGCAUUGUCUUGUCCUAAGAAUUUCAGUGCCCAGUCUGACCCUGUGUUGGUCUGUGCAUCUGACAAUAAAAGACUUGAACUUGAA